CGUCACUCACCGCCGCCGCGCUCGGAGCCAUUCCGGGGGCUGACGUACAAAGUUGACUUUCUCUUUCGCAGCUUCAUUUUCUCGUGGGAGCGGUUCUGCAGACCGCGGAAAAAGAGUCGGCCGUCGCCACCCACGUGCUCCAUCCUGCCCCUGUUUCGAUGUUUACUGAGGAUCCCCUAGCACCUCAGUCCCGCGGAAGACAGACCCAGAAAUCAUGCGCGUUGCUCUUCCGCCCAUUAAGUUUGGCCCCCGCAGCAGCCGUCGCUCGCAGGCGCGGAGAUGCCUGGGAAAAGGCAGGUUCUUCACGCCGACUGCCGAAAUUGGUCUUUGCUGCGGAUACCGCACGUCGGUCUGGCGCGGGGCCGCUUUGUCGUGAGCUCGCCUGCGUUUUCCCUUUGGCUUCUCCGUCUCGUGAGAUUGCUGCCCGGCUUUGGCGUCUAGGUCUCUGCGCCGAGGUUUCUCUUCCGGAAACUGCUGGAAGGAGCCGGAGAGCGCUUGUGCGGAGGCAGGCGGGAGGCGGGGUCGGCGAAGCCAACGGCGAGUGUUCGAGAUGUCCCAGUGAUCUGAAGAUCCUUCCUGGAGGUGGACUAUAAUUUUUCAAAAUUACUGUGUGACAGAAGCACUGAAUGACAUUUGCUGAAAAUGUUUGGUAGAUUGACUCUUCCACAACUGCUUUUUGCUAGCAUCCUUGGAAUUGCUGGAGGAAUGUAUAUUUAUCAACCAAUAUUUGAACGAUAUUACCAAGAUCAGAUGGAAUUUAAAAAAAAGUUAAAAUUGACACAAGAAUCAGAAGAGAAGAAAAAUUAAUACUACAUGGAGUUGAACUGUAAUUGUUUAAAGUUCUAUUGAAGCUAUACAUUGACUAUAAGUAAUGUAGUAAAACUUCUCAAGUAUAUUUUAAACAAAUAAAUCAUAGGUCAUGAUUUUAAAACAA